GUUAAGUACUUACAAUCACUUCCCAGUAUCACUAUCGACUCUUCACUGCCUUGGCUCACUAUAUGCUCCGACCUGCUCAAUCCGUUCUCUGAGAUACGGCAGACAUCUUGACUAGACAGCUCCGGAUCACUGACAGCACGACUUCGUCGCCUACUGGUGUUCUGUGAAAGACGAGCAAUCUACGCGAUGGAUCUAGCUAUCAUCGGCAAAGACCUUACCGCCGCCGUCCUGAAGGCUCUUAGUCAAGCCAAAACCGAGGAUGCGCCAGUCGACUACGUGAAGCUGGGCUCUGAGUUGGUUAGCCUGGCGCCAUCCCCACGAUUUGAGCAGUCUGCAACCUACGGCAGAAAUAUCUUCCCGUUUGAGAAGCUGCCGCCCGAGCUACGACGCAAUGUCUACAGGAUUGCCUUUACUGCAGAAGGCCAUAUUAAGAUCAUGAUGCACUUCAAAGACAGCCCCUUCGUCAAAAACAAGUUCAAGCGAUGGGUCACGGACGCCCAGCACGCAAAGCUUUAUGCUCCACCACCGCCACGUAGCUGCGCCGAAGCAACCAUUAUUACCAAGACUGAGGCAACGAGCCCGUACACCAGUACCUCUCGCGCAGAUCCUCUCCGGCAGUCCAGCCGCCUCGCCACCAGCUCAACUAGAUGUCCAGCCUAUGGCGCACAACACAGUGUGACUCUCCUCCGUGUGAGCCGAAAUGUUCUUGCGGAGGCUGCGCCGGAACUAUACGGUGCGAACUGUUUCACCUUCGGCAAUCCUUACUGCUUUGCGAAGUUUGCGGUCGAGAUUAGAGACAACGCCAAAUUUCUACAAGACAUCACGAUUGAGAGUAUUAAUCCCGUACACACGUACAGGACAUUACUGCAGCCUCUGCAGACGACAGUGACUCUACGCAGGCUCGAACUCGUGCUUAUGCGUCCUACAGGACGCUAUUUUUGUCGAAAGCCUUACGCCAGCACCAUGCUCUGGAAGGCAAUCAAGUCAUUGGUCUAUGGCACAUCGAAGGUGCAAUGCCCAUGUGGGAGCAACGUGAAGCAUCAGGCAUGCAUCUGGUACUACCGUCAGAAGAGGUUCAAUGCUAUAGAAAUCAAUCUUAGCAAUAGACCAUACAUCUUUGAGACGGACGAGCUGAUCGGAAGUUCGGACACCCUCCUGUGGACUAAGCGGUCGGAGGGCGUGAGGCUCAAGGAGCGGUUACGGGAGUGCUGGAGGAAUGACCCCACGGCGAUGAUAAUAUGAAAAUCAUAUCUCGAGCAUCAUGCGAGGUGGGGGACUGAGGGUAGGAAUGAAGUGAGGGUGUGGUCAAGUACGGCAGGCACGGGAGCAGCGGGAUCUGCCGUUUGCUCACGUGCUCAUCUCCUGUAGCCUCUAGGCAGCAGCUCAUUCUUCCGAUGUCAGC